GACAGAUAUGCAGCCACAAAUAAUGCUUACGUGUCAUAUCUUUGUAGAUCUUCUUGUUGCGUCUCUAGACAAGGACAGAAUUGUGCGUCACACUUCCAGUUUUGGAAAGAGUCGUCCUGAAAGAAUAUUUCCCCAUUUUUACAAUUUUUGAGACGUUUUUCUAAAAGGAGACGUUUCAGUUAAGCACAAACCUAAAGGGAACCUCGGCUCAUAAGCUCAUCCCUCCCCAGCGGAGGCUUCAUGCCUGUAAUUUUCAUUCCACGUUUUCAACAUCGGAGGCCUUCUUUUCAGUCAAGCUCAUCCACUUUUCUCCAUUUCUCGUCUCUCCCUGUGCCGUGAGGGAUUUAGUCCUUCUGAUCACCUGCCCUGCCUCUGAGAUGACAUGCUCCCUAAGAAUGUGGUCCUGCCUUCUGUAGACUGUUUACGUGAUGCAUUGGCAGAGUUUAGCUUUAAGAAAACAAAGCAAAACUCCAGAUUAACCAAAAUGAAUUACCGGCUCAGUUAAGAACCAACUUUAAAACGACACAAAGUCACCUGAUAGAAGAACGAUGCAGCAAUAAGUGUCUCUGAUAGAAAAAACUUGGAAUGAACCUUCUUUUAAAUCAUCACACAAAGGGGACUGAUGUCACAACCAUGGGGGCAAGCAGAAUUUCAUCUCCUGAUAAAAGCUGUAAUUAAUAAGUCAGAUUAAAACAUUUGACUCUCCACAAGGGGGUGCCUUCCAUCAACUGACUGGCUUGAUGGACUGUCCCUCGUGGCCAGCGGGUAACUGAGUUGCAGGAAGAAGCGGAUGAAUCAGUGAGACAUCACAGAGGAAGACUCAAACCUUCAGAAGAUAACAGACCUCAUGCACCUCUUUCUGCCUCAGUCUCAGUCUUUGAAGGUUGGUCAUGACACCUGGGGCAUUUGCACUGCUGCCAGAAAAGCUUCUCCUCCAAACACAUGGUUGUCCAACUAGUUUUAGAUGGCACACUAUUCACUCGAGCCAUUUCCUGCUAUUGUUUUUAUGUUUUAUUCUGAAAUUUUCACAUUUGAUCCAAAUUGUUCCAAACGUGUUAAGGUCAGGAUCAAAAGUUUCACUCUGGAUAGAAGCAGCAUGUGUUGCUUUCUCUCAGUCUGUGCCACCUGGCCUGGAAAAGUCAAGUUAUUUAUAUAUAUAUAUAUUUUUUGCAGGGUCACAUUUUGACCAAGUACUUGUUGUCAACUUCUCUUCGUGCAAAGCUGCAGGGCAUUGCAGUAACAACGUUAACUUCCUCAUUUAGAUAUAUUUUAUGCUGCAUUCCUUUUCCUUGCACACGUAGCCUGUUUUAGGGGUUAUGGGAUGAUUUUAUUUAUUAAUCAUCACAGUCAUGAGAAAACAAUAGGUCAUAUACUUAAAUGAUGCAGUUUCCAAAUUUCAGCCAUGGCUGAGGAGGGAGGGGAGUUGCUGAGCGCUAGAAUCAUUGUUAGAGACCCACAGGAUGUCCUGAGGAAGAAGUCAGAACCGAGUUGUACGCACGCAUUCAGAGAUAGGGAGGUGCGCUACAGGGAGGCUCGCACCGCACCUCCUCUCUUCUGGUGUCUCCCUGGAACGCACUGUCCUUCUCACCCAGGAUGCCACGCCAUCAUCCUCUCAGGACUUGAUUAACCCCUCGUCCACCUCUGACAUGGAUUAAAGUUACUCUCAUGAAGAGAAAAUGGAGCAGAAAAAAGCCACAAAACACUCCGGAAGCUGGAACUGUUUAAGUUCCCAGUUUCUGUUCCAUCAUGCUUCAGAUUUCUGGUCGUUUUUGUAGAUCAAAAGGCCAGGUGGAGGCGGCGGAGAGGCAUUAACUUCAAGGAAGUGAACCCAGAAAACAAACAAGCUAAAUUCGGCGAGAUACACACGUCUAUUGACAUUUUGGCAUUCACGUUUGGCAAUGUAGUUUCUGACUUCCUUAUGGGAGAUGUGGACAGCAGCUCAGGGUUGGGGAUCCCCCAGACCAGGAGAAGCAGGUCCUUUGACAACCUCUCUGUGGAUCCUGAGGGCUACGUUCUAGACGGGAGUCGUCUUGUGGAGCCUGAGCUGUCACGGUCAAGAGAGGAGGAAGUAGACCUAACCCUGCUGAAGAAUGACAGUGGGGUGGAGUCGGCUCUACUCUAUGCUAAGGCAUGGUCCAAAUACAUCAAAGACCUUCUGGGAUGGAUGGAAAAACGAGCAGCCAUGGAUAUCGACUAUGCUAAAAGCUAUACCAAAAUGGCCGAGACGGCGAAGACACUGGCCAGCCAACAGGACUACAUGCCAUUCAGUGACGUCUACGUCUCCACGUUCAAGAGGGACAUCGAUUAUAACCAGCUGCUCAUUCACACUGCAGUGGCUCUUCAAACAAAUAAAUUUAUGCAGCCUCUUCUGGCUCGCAAGAAUGAACUGGACAAGCUGAGGAAGGACAUGAAGGAGCAGUGGCAAAGAGAACAGAAGAAAAUGCAAGAGGCUGACACGACCCUGCGUAAGGCUCGAGCGCUGAACACCCAGAGAAGAGAGGAGUACCAAAGGGCCCACUCCUCCAAAAACCGCUCCAUGGAGGAACAGCCCAUCGCCGGGAACAAGCAGAUGGAGAAGAAGAGGAAACUCGAGGAGGAGGCUCUGCAGAAGGCUGAGGAGGCCCAGGACCAGUACCAGAGCUGCGUGGCCGACACAGACGUCAGGAAAAUGGAUCUGGCCAACGUGAAGAGGACAAUCCUCACACAGAUCCGAGAGAUGGUCUUCCAGUGUGACCUCACACUCAAAGCUGUGACGGUGAACUGGUUUCAGAUGCAGCAGGCUCAAACCUUGGCUCUCCCUGACCACUUCCAGGCGCUGAGUGAGAGCACCAAAUUGUACGAACCAGGAGGAUGCUACGCUAAGUUCGUCCAAAACCUGCCCAGAAAUCUGCCUGUAGAGCACCUCCGCUCCCACUCCAGCUCUGACUUUUCCAGGUUUGUGCUCAGUAAAAAGUCCCAGGGCAGUGCCUACUCCUCCCACGGCAACCUGUCUCAGGCCUCCGCUACCUCCUGUGACGUUCCAAGUGGAGACGAUGUGGACCGGCCCGCAAAAAUCGGUGAAAGAAGGUCCAACAGCAGUGUGGAUAUAACAGCAGCCCUGAGGAGCCAGGGCCCGCUGAGAGCCUGGGCCUCCAGCAGCCAGGGCAGUCAGGGCGGGAUGUGCAGUGAUUCAGAGAGCGCCGGAGGCAGCAGUGAAUCCAGGUCCAUGGACUCUCCCACAGCCAGCCCCGGUGACUUUAAGCGCCGACUGCCCAGAACACCUUCCACCGGGACGAUGUCCUCAGCCGACGAUCUGGAUGAGAGGGAGCCUCUUUCUCCAUUAGACAACGGUCUGACAGAGAUGGUGAUCGAGACGGCGAGCUCUCCCGGUCCGUUCAGAAACACGCAAUUGUCAAAGGCGGCUCAGACCCACAAGCUGCGGAAGCUGCGAGCUCCUUCGAAGUGCAGAGAGUGUGACAGUCUGGUUGUGUUCCACGGGGCUGAGUGUGAAGAGUGCACCUUGGCUUGCCAUAAGAAGUGUCUGGAGACUCUGGCUAUCCAGUGUGGUCACAAAAAGCUCCAAGGCCGGCUGCAGCUGUUUGGCAUCGACUUUGCCCAAGCAGCAAAAAACAGCCCUGAUGGGAUUCCUUUUAUAAUCAAAAAGUGCACAUCUGAAAUUGAGAGUCGAGCCCUCAACAUCAAGGGUAUUUAUCGUGUGAAUGGUGCCAAAUUACGUGUCGAGAAGCUUUGCCAGGCAUUUGAAAACGGGAAGGACUUGGUGGAACUGUCCGAUCUCUCACCUCAUGACAUCAGCAACGUCCUCAAACUCUACCUGCGACAGCUACCAGAGCCACUGAUCACAUUUCGAUUCUACAACAACUUUAUUGGCUUAGCCAAAGAGUGCCAGAGGGUGGUAGUGGAGGAGGCUGUCAAACAUCAGGGCACCCAGACGAAAGAGAAAACCAGCCCAAGCAUCCAGAUGAGCACAGUCCUGUCGAAGAUCAGAGAGCUGCUCCACCAGCUGCCCGCAGCCAACUACAGGACUCUGAGACACAUCAUCGCUCAUCUCAACAGAGUGACCGAACAGGCCGAGGAGAACAAAAUGACCGCCAGCAACCUAGGCAUCAUCUUCGGCCCGACGAUGGUGAAACCACGGCAGAUAGAUGCUGAGGUGUCCUUGUCUUCGCUGGUGGACUACCCUUACCAGGUACUGAUGGUUGAGCAGCUGGUGCGACACUUCCACACCAUCUUCGACGAUGGUUCCAACAUGGCCACCAGCGGCCACGCGUCUCCCAGACUGACCCCCCAGGAGAAGGUGCAGCAGCUCGGCAGACAUUCUGCCUCUCUGACAGACAUCAAAGAGAGUUCCAAAGCAUACAAAAGAUUCUCAUCGGUUAUCCCAUCAUCACACAUCCUGAGUGAGGUGCAGGAGGUCCGGCCUGGGAGGGACACAACGGAGCCCUCUACCUCGGAGAAACUCAACGGGGUGCAGGCUCCUGGUGCAGAAGGUCAAAGGUCGACAUCGAACAUCCCAACCAUUGAUACAGAACCAAAGGUCCAAAUGCGCAAUCAGCGUGGUCGACAGUGUUCCAGACCGAUCAGCAUGCCGCUGGAACGCCUGCCCGCCCCGGCUCAGAUCAGCGAGAGGAAUAACCGAAACGCGUCUGAUAAAGCUGAUGGAGGUUUUCCUCAGCGGGAGACUGAAACCAUACAGGAGAUGCCUGAGCCCGAGCGGGCUCGCCAGACUGGCUCAUCUAGAAUAAGCACCUAUUACAUCACUCCUUUUAUCGACACCCAGGCAAUGCAGAGGAGGACGUGGGACAAGAAGUACAAGCACUAUCACGUGACACCCCGGACUGCCAUGAUAGUAGCCAACCUGCCGCCCGUCAACGCUGGACUGCAGCCUGUGAAGGCCACAGUGCCCGCAUUCCCAGCUGUGACCACCACCCCUGUGGUUCCCACCACCAGCAGUGUCACCACCAUGUUCUCCAACAACACAAUGUCCCUGAAGCCCGUCAGGACUUCCAAACGGGAAAAAGACACAGAAAGUUCAGAGGACGAGUCUGGCAACUCACCAAAGCUCCCACUAACUCUCAGGCCCCCACGGACACUCCACCCCUCUCCUGAAACGUUCUACAGACCUCCACUUUCCAGUAACAGCAAAGCUUGGUCACUUCCAACCAGGACUACCACUACAGCCACCACCUCGCCCCCCUCCCCCACCACCCUAUUGCGCUCCCUGUCUCCCACCAACCCCACACAAGCUCUACACCAGACACAGGACUCCACAGACAGCGCUAUUGACCCCGGGGUCUUGACCUCCACUACCAUUUCACCCUCGCAGUCUCCACCACCCAGCAGCCCCGACGACCUCAGCCCCACUGAGGUUAAACCCAGACUGCGAUCUCGGCCGCUGCAGGACCACGAGCAGAGAGAAGCUCAUUUUGUCUGACAAACAGAAAAUAUCUGUAAAUAUAAAUAAAUCUUUACAAACUUUUAUCAUCUAGAAGAGCGGAGAGACUGGAGGCCUGUGAAACCAUCAUAGUGUUCUAAUGUUCUGUUUUACAGGGUGAGCCGUCAUGGUGAAAAAAUGUUCUAUGAAAUAUUUUUAUAAAAGAGAAAACUGAA